AUGUCAUUCCUUUCCAACCUUCCAACGAGCCCAAGACCGUCUACGCCGUCGUCUACACUACAAAUGCUCAAGCAUUCGGGACCACGAAAAUAUGUGGCAACUGAGAACACAGAUCCGCCGCCUGAUCAAGUGGUCAUUCCCGACAAAACCCAUCCCUUCGUACGCAUGCUCUACACCCAACCGGAGAACCAACCAGAUCUCCUCACGCAACCAUACAAACGAGUUCAGGAUAGCAUGCAGCAGUUGGGCAAAGAUUGGGCCUCAGAGGAUGGGGAAGGUGAAAGGCUAAAGAAAAAAGUGAAGCGGUGAUUGGGGUUGUGCCAGAUCAUUUUGAUUGAUGGGACGAGCAUUCGUGGGUCCUUCUUGUGUGAUAGUUCUAUUAUACCCGUAUUAUAUGUAGGCCAACAUUAGAUGUCGGAGGCUUUUAAUUAUUGAAACCAAUCAGCGAUGAGAGUUUUUGCAUGUAACCCGAACCUGUAAAGUUCCACAUGCAGUCCAAGGUUUGGAUGAUAAUAAACGAGGACGAAAGGGCUCGUCCGCGAAACAAAUUAAG